GGCCUAUGUCCGGCAGCCCCUCCGCAGUCGGCGCCGGCACAAGCCCUUCAGGUCGGACACGGCGGCGCGUAGUCCCGACUACGUAGGCAGGUUGCCGGCCUCCGCCUCCGGCCCUUCCCCUGCGCCCCGACUGAGUCGCUGCUGCAGCCGCCAACUUCACCCGCGGCGAGCUCACCACAGCCCUCCGGAAGUUUGUUUUAGGGGCUAUCAACUUGGAAGAUGGCCGAUGAGGAACAAACCCCAGGCUCUAGGAAGAGGGUUGCAGGUACCCAAAUCAAUAAGGAUAAUCCUGAGCCUGAUGAUGACGAACCAGAGCAAGAGAUGGGUACAUUUAAGAAAGCUACUGAGGAAGUUAUGGCAACCCGGAUCAUUGUAAAGGUUCGGCGCCAGCAAACAUCAUCAGCUCCUUCUAAUCCUUUCUCUGCAAUUAGAUUUGCCCCCACUGAUUCUAGUGUUCAAACAUGCGCCCCUGUCCCACAGGUCCAGCCUUCAGAUGUUAAAGGUGACGAGGGAUGCAAUGGUACUGGGAAAAAUACUUUGUCUGUGCCAGACAAGAAUGCAGGCUCUGGUGUAAAUACUGACUCCGGUGCCACAACUGAAGCACCACCUCAACCUGUUGGAACCAGUGACAAGGCAGAAGGCACAGAGGCUGAAUCUGGUGGAGACAAAGUGGUAGCUGGAAAACCCAACGAAGGUAGCUGCAUGUCAUCUGAAGUUCAGGGCAAAACGAAAGAGGGAGAUGCUGAAGAAAAGGAAGGGGCAGAUGAAGCUGGAAAUAAUGGUACAGUUAGCAAGGAUGAUACUGAGAAGAAAGGUGGAGGUGAAUCGGAGACCAAGGAUUGCUUGUCUGAGGAGCAGAGAGAUGCUGGCAAAAUUAGCAAGGAUAAAUCUGAGCAGAAAGAUGGAGGUGAAUCACAUCAGAAAGACGCUGAUAACAAAGGGCAGACAUCAUCAGCAACAUCCCUUUUCUCGUUUACGAAUCUGUCAAGUGGCCAAAAUGCUUUCACCAGUCUGACUGGAACUGGAUUUUCAAGCACGUCAUUCUCGUUUGGCUCAGCCUCUAAAGAUGGCCCAAGUACUGGUCCCCUGUUCGGGCUGAAAGCUGAUGGUUCUUCGUUCCCUUCCUUUAGUCUUGGUGCUGCCAGCAACGGGAGUUCCGCCACAGUGCUUGCUACCUCAGCAGAAACACCCAAGAAAUUUGCUAUGGCAGAAGGCCCUGUCGAAACCGGCGAAGAAAACGAGAAGGCUGUAUUUACUGCCGAUUCUGCCUUGUAUGAGUACCUAGAUGGUGGCUGGAAAGAAAGAGGAAAAGGUGAACUGAAGCUGAACGUCCCUGUAUCCUCCUCCGGCGGCGAGAGAGCCCGGCUCGUCAUGCGGGCAAAGGGCAACUACCGUCUGGUCCUGAACGCGAGCCUCUACAACGACAUGUCGCUCAAGGACAUGGACAAGAAGGGCGUGACGUUUGCCUGUAUGAACAGCAUUGGGGAGUCGCCGAGCAGCCUUGCCACGUUUGCUCUCAAGUUCAAGGACACAGCCACCAGGGAGGAAUUCAAGGACGCGGUGGAGUUUCACAGGGCAAGCAAAGCACCGGACGAGCCGCUAAAGGCGCCCGAGAACUCUUCGAAGGCAGCAGAAGCAGAAGCCUGAAGCUGCACUCGGGUCACGCUUACUCGUUUUUUGUACGUGUCGAGGAAGGAGCUGAGAGAUACUUUCUGUCAUUGCCUUCUUAAGAAUGUUACGUCAUGACAAUGACAUGAUGUCCUGAGCACUGGUGCUGUUGUUGGAACAGUGGGUAGCCUUGACGAACUUUCAUUAGCUACAGUCCUAAUCUAGAGUUCUGGAGACGAGACUCGUUAGAUUUAUUCGCUUGUCUUGUGCUCCGUUAUGUUUGUUCUAUCGGUUAAGCUAUGCGUCAUGUGUUAUCU